AUGAGUUCAGAUAGAAUACCACUAAAAAAACUUAAAGGAAAUAAUAAUGAUGACGAGGAAAAUAAAAAUCAUUAUUUAGAAAAUAUAGAAAACACCAAAAAAGGUGCUGUAAAAGGUUUUGGAGGAGAACAAUCACCUGAAGAAAAUGCAUUGUUCAGUUUAUUAACAUGGGAUUGGUUAAAUAAAUUUGUAUGGUUUUGUUAUAGAAAUGUUUUGGAACAAAAGCAUAUUUGGAAUUUAGCUAAAUGGGACAAAGCAGAAACUCUUAAUAAUAGGAUGCGUGUGGAGUGGGAGAAAGAAAUGAAAAAACCUAAUCCAUCCUAUACUAGAGCUGGAUUUCGUGCAUUUGGUAUGACCUAUCUUUUGGCGGGAUUAUUCCAGUGUGUUUUUAUUGCAGCACAGUUUGUCGGUCCAGAGAUGCUAUCGAAAAUGAUAACGUUCAUCAUGGAGGCGAAAUCCAAUAAGCCUGGACUAGAUCUAAACUGGGGAUAUUACUACGCUCUAAUAAUAUUCUGUACAUCGAUGGUUGGUUCCAUUUGUCUCUAUAAAUCCAAUAUGAUGACUGCAAGAGUUGGUGAUUAUAUGAGAUCAGUCAUUGUUUGUGAUGUAUAUCAGAAAUCAUUGAGAUUAAGUAAUUCUGCAAGAUCCAAGACAUCGACUGGUGAAAUUGUUAAUUUGAUGAGUAACGAUGCUCAGAGAAUGAUUGAAGUGUUUGGUGUUUUGAACAAUGGUUUGUAUGCUCCUUUGCAAUUGGCAGUGUGUGUAGUGUUGCUCUACUUGAAGAUCAAAUGGAUUACAUUCGUUGCUCUUGGAUUCAUGUUGCUAAUGAUUCCUAUCAACAGUGUUCUCGGUAAGCGGUUACUGAAUCUACGUAGAGCGUUCGUCAAGUUUACCGAUCUCCGUGUGAAAGCCACCAAUGAAAUAUUGCAAUCGAUCAAAGUUAUCAAGCUCUAUUCCUGGGAGGAUUCAUUCACCAAACGAGUGUCGAAUCAUCGUGACAAAGAGGUAGAUCAAAUAUUCAAAUUCACCUAUGCCAGAUCGAUAUUGGUAGUUCUCAGUCUUUCAGUUCCAACAAUCGUAUCCAUGUUGGUAUUCAGUAUCUAUUAUAAGGUCAACAGCGAGAUGAAACCAGGUGAAAUAUUCGCUGCCAUUGCCUAUCUAAAUAUUCUUAGAACACCAUUGAUAUUCUUGCCAUUCCUUAUAUCGCUAGUCGCACAACUUAAGGUAGCAACCAAAAGAGUGACAGAUUUCCUAAUGCUACCGGAGCUGGACACGCUGAGAGAACCAGACGAUCCAGAUCUUCCAAAUGGAAUCUACAUCGAGCAUGCCGAUGUUGUUUGGAAUCCAGAGCAAGACGAUUCAUUCCAUUUAGAUAAUUUGGAUGUGCGAUGCUCUGGCGCUUCUCUCACCAUGGUAGUUGGAUCGGUCGGAAGUGGAAAGUCUACACUCUGCCAGGCGAUGUUGGGUGAGCUAUCCAUUCGUCAAGGUUCAGUAAGAACACGUGGAUCGAUUGCCUAUGUUUCUCAGCAGGCAUGGAUCAUCAAUGCUUCGCUACGAGAUAACAUUCUAUUUGGACGACCAAUGGAUGAGGAUCGCUAUCAUCGAGUGAUAGAGUGUUGCUCUCUCGAGAAAGACUUGGAGAUGUUUCCACAGGGUGAUCUGGUGGAGAUUGGUGAGAGAGGUAUCAAUUUGUCGGGUGGACAGAAACAACGUGUUUCGAUUGCACGAGCAGUAUAUAACGAUGCCGACAUUUAUAUAUUCGACGAUCCACUCUCUGCUGUUGAUGCGCACGUUGGAAAGCAUUUGUUCUAUCAGUGUUUCAAAGGAGUAUUGAAAAACAAGACAGUUAUACUCUCUACCAAUCAGCUGCAAUAUCUACCACAUGCCGACCAUAUUCUAGUGAUGAAGAGCAACUGUAUUUCAGAGCGUGGAAACUACCAAGAUCUGAUGAACUCUGAAGCAGAGUUUUCAAAUCUUAUUAGAGAGUAUGGAGUUGAAGAUUCGUCAUCGACACCAACAAACAGUCAAGAACAAAAGGAGGAGGAUGCAGAUGAUGAAAAUGUAUCAAUUGAAAUGGAUACAACUGUUACCAAUACAAAGGAUAAAAAUAAUAAGAAAUAUCAAAGUUUACCUACAACAAAUGUAUCGGAAGCUCAACCCAAAAAGCUAAAGAUCGGAGAUAAUGGUGGAAAGCUAAUCAGUCAGGAAGAGCGUGAAGAGGGAUCGGUCAGUAAUUAUGUUUACUUCAAGUAUUUCACAGCAGGAGGAAUCAUCCAUUUUAUCGCUUCAUUUAUUUUCUAUGCUGGUGAUGUUGGAUCGGUUAUUUUCAUGAAUUGGUGGUUAUCCUACUGGUCCGAUUCACAAGCUUCACUCCAAGCCAAUGGAAAACACAAUGGACUGAGUAAUAAGGAUUUCCUGUAUUGUUUCAUUGGAAUUGGUUUCGGAUCGAUUGUCUUUAUAACAUUGCGUUGCCUUACAUUCUAUACUUAUUGUGUCAAAGUUGGAAGGGUGCUCCACGAGCAACUUUUCCACUCGAUACUCUCGGCUCCAAUGUGGUUCUUUGACACCACACCGUUGGGACGUAUUAUCAAUCGUUUCACACGUGACAUUGACAGUGUAGAUAAUCUAAUAUCAACGGCAAUGGGUAAUUAUAUUUAUUAUAUGUUGGCAGUCGUUGGAACACUGGCAAUCAUAUCAUCGGUCAUUCCUAAACUUCUUAUUAUCUUGGCACCUGUCAUUGUGAUAUAUUAUCUACUUCAAAACUUCUAUCGUCAUUCCUCACGAGAGUUACAACGUUUGGUAUCAAUUAGUCGUUCUCCGAUAUUUGCUCAUUUCUCAGAGACUUUGAAUGGAGUUUCCACUAUCCGUGCCUACAAAUGCGAGGGUGCCAACACUCAAACCAACAUGAAGUAUUUAGAUACCAACAACUCAUCUUAUCUCCUUCUACAAGCUUGUAUGCAGUGGUUAGGAUUGCGUUUGGAUCUACUUGGACCGAAGGAAGCACCUCAGAUCAUUGAGAGCAAUCGACCAGUUCAAGAGUGGCCACAACAUGGUGGAAUUGUUUUUGAGAAUUUAGUUAUGAGAUACCGUGAGGGAUUGGAUCCAGUACUGAAAGGAAUCUCUUGUGAGAUCAAACCAAAGGAGAGAAUUGGUAUUGUUGGUCGAACCGGUGCUGGAAAAUCAUCGAUUGUUCUCGCUUUGUUCCGUUUGGUCGAGUCAUCACAAGGUCGAAUUCUCAUCGACGGACAAGAUAUCUCAAAGAUCGGACUAAAAGAUCUUCGAAAGAGUUUGUCUAUUAUCCCUCAAGAUCCAGUUAUGUUCUCUGGAACACUCAGAGAGAACUUGGAUCCCUUUGUGGAAUAUACCGACGCGGAGCUCUGGGAGUUACUGGAAAGCAUUCAAUUGGCUGGUGUGGUUCGCGCCAAUGAAGGUGGAUUGCUAUGCAAAGUGACGGAUAACGGUGAAAAUUGGUCGGUUGGACAGCGCCAGUUGAUUUGUCUCGGAAGAGCAUUAUUGCGUAGACCCAAGAUAUUGGUUUUGGAUGAAGCAACAGCCAGUGUUGAUGCUCAGACCGACCAACUCAUCCAACAGACGAUCCGAUCUAAAUUCUCAGAUUGUACAAUUCUCACGAUUGCUCAUCGUUUGAAUACCAUUAUGGAUUCCGAUCGUAUCUUGGUAUUGGAUUCAGGUAGAAUAUCGGAAUUGGAUACACCAAUCAGAUUACUUGAUAACCCAGAUUCCAUUCUAACAUGGCUAGUCAAUGAGACUGUUAAUAUAGCAUAUAAGUUUAUCUGUCUAAGUAGAUUAAACUGUUUCAGAUUUGCAUAA